AUGUUGAACAAGCUUCCAGACUCUAUUGUUCAUCACAUUCUUUUCUUUCUCCACAUAAAAGACCAUUCACGACUCAGCUGCGUAUCACGAAGAUGCAGAGACUUAUGCAUAUCCACUCCAUAUGUGGCUUUGAGCAACACGAAUUACACUAUAACUGAAAUAUCUCGUCGAUUUCGCUUCAAUAACUUUGUCGAUAGGUUCAUGUCUCGCCGCAAUUGGCAUGGCACUAAGUUACACACCUUUGUUCUCCAUUGGUGUUUCGAACUACCCCUUACAGACGAGGCAUACAGAGUCGACACAUGGUUGUCCCAUGCAGUGAAUUCAGGCGUACAAAGAAUUCAACUUGAUCUCUCUGGAACUGAACGCUUUCCCUUGCCACAAUUUAUUCUUAGUUGUAAAUCCAUGAGUUUUCUCUCGGUCAAGAACAACAACAGCAUUCUCAAAUUACCCUCUACAUCAUCAGCUGGCCGUGACAUCAAUACUACUCUACAGAUUUUAGUUUUAGAUUAUCUUCAAAUCGAAGACGACUUUUUUGGAGAAUGGCUGUCACAAUUCAAGUCCCUCAAGAAAUUGAUUACAAGAAUAAGCAGAAUAAAGAGAAUAUCCUUAGUUGGUUGUGGUAUUGAUACUUCGCUCCAAACAUUAGUUUUAGAUUCUGUUCAAAUUGAAGAAGAGGACUACUUUGGAGAAUGGCUUUCACAUUUCAAGUCCCUCAAGGAAUUGAAUCUUACAAGAAUAAGAGGAAUAAAGAGUAUGAGUAUCCACAACUCGUCCAUUGAUGGGUUAGCAAUUAAAUAUUGUGAUGACCUUGUGGAUAUUAGUAUCUUUGCAGAGAAACUCCGAAAACUUCAUAUAAUUUGGCAUCCUCAUAAUAAAUCUUCUAGCGUUGGAUCAUUGAAAAUUUUGGCUCCUAAUCUUGAAGAUUUUCGUUGGGGUGGACAUGUCGUGGAUUACUAUUGCAUAGAGGAUUUCUCAAGUAAGUUGAAUCUCAUAAUUGCUCUCAGGUUAUCUGAUCAAUUAUACGAAUCUUCAACCACGUACUAUUUGCAUAAGAUUCUUUGUAGCAUGCAAAGGGCCAAAGUCCUAUCACUACGGGAUGAGUUUGUUGAGGUUUUGUUUAAGUAUGGUUGCUUGCCAUAUUCAUUUGAUAAUUUAGAGUAUUUGACUAUAGUACGAAUGUCUUCCUUUGAAGACAAGAUUCCAGCAGUAUCCUCCCUUCUUAGAGAAACAAGAAGUCUAAAGUGGCUUUUCUUAUUAAACGACACGAAGGUGCCUUCAAAGAAGCUCUCAUUUAAAUUGGAAUAUUGGGAAUCUCAAGACCUCAUGUUUAUUAAUCAACUGAAAGGUAUAGUUAUGGAGCUUUCCAAUCGGGGGAGUGAUGUAGAACUAAUGAAAUAUUUACUCAAGAACACAAAAGAAUUGGAAAGGGCGAUCAUCAUAUAUCCACAAACAGUGCCAACAAAUCUCAUUAUUGAGUUAAGAAAGUACAAGACACCUCCCACAGAAUUGGUUUGUUAUCACAAAUCAUCAAAAUUUGCACGUCAAAUACGCAACAGACAUUUUGACAUUUAG